CUCUUCAUUGUCCAUGUCUCUGUCGAUCCAUGAUGCAUCAGGCUUCGUUCCAUGUUCUGUUUAUUUGGCCUCUCGUUGUUGCGUCCUGUGCCUUGUCGUCGGCUGCGUCGAGCUUGAGGCAGGAGCUCGACCGUGUCGUCGGGCUCCCCGGUCAGCCUCCCGUCGGGUUCCGCCAGUAUGCAGGGUAUGUCACCAUAGACGAGGGUCUCGGAAAGGCUCUCUUCUACUGGUUCUUUGAGGCCACACACAGACCUGCCGAGAAGCCACUCCUGCUGUGGCUCAAUGGAGGGCCUGGUUGUUCUUCAAUUGGCUUUGGAGAGGCACAAGAGAUUGGGCCAUUUCUUGUGAAAAAGGAUGUACCUGAGCUAGAACACAACGAGUAUGCUUGGAACAAAGCUGCCAAUUUAUUGUUCUUGGAGGCACCAGCAGGGGUUGGGUUCUCUUACUCAAACAUCACUGAUGUGCAAGGUGACAAUGCCACAGCAUUUGGUUCCUACUCGUUCCUGGUCAAAUGGUUCCAGAGAUUCCCUCAGUACAGAUUAAAUGAAUUUUACAUAGCUGGGGAGAGUUACGCAGGGCAUUAUGUACCUCAACUUGCAAAUGUGAUCUUGGAGCAGAACAUGAAAGCUAAGAAGGAGGACCAUAUAAACCUGAAAGGCCUCGUGAUUGGAAAUGCUGUGAUGGAUUCCGAGACGGACAUCAGAGGAAUGGUGGAUUACGCAUGGGAUCAUGCUUUGAUCUCAGACAGAGUUUACCACAACAUCAAAACAAGCUGCAAUUUUAGUGCAGUGGCGCCUACUCAAGAAUGCAGCAAAGCUCUCCAACAAUAUUACCAAGUUUAUCAGAUCAUCGACAUGUACAGCUUGUACACACCGCGCUGCGAAAGUGGAUACCCCAAGUUUUCGUCUUCGGUGGCGCAGGGUGAAGAAAGUUUGAUGUCUAUCUCAAAAUUUGAGGAUUUGUUGAAGAUACCAAUGGGCUACGAUCCAUGUUUACAAACCUAUGCAACGGUGUACUUCAAUCGUCCGGAUGUUCAAAAAGCUUUGCAUGCCAAUGUCACAAGACUAUCACAUCCUUGGUCUCUUUGCAGCUCAUCUGUUGUUAGGGCUUGGAGUGAUUCUGACAGAUCAGUUCUUCCAAUUAUCGGUAAACUUAUCGAUGCUGGGCUCCGCAUGUGGGUGUUCAGUGGUGAUACUGAUGCUAGGGUUCCAGUGACCUCCACAAGAUACACACUAAACAAGCUAGGACUGAGCAUAACCGAGGACUGGUCCCCCUGGUAUAGCCACAAACAGGUGGGAGGGUGGACCAUAAUCUAUGAAGGGUUGACUUUUGUUACAGUAAGGGUGGCUGGACACCAAGUCCCCACAUUUGCCCCGAGGCAAUCUCUGCAAAUUGUUGAGCACUUCUUAGCCAACAAGAAACUGCCUUCAUUCCCUUUUUAGACUAUUUGUUAGUUAACUUCUUGUUGUGUACCUAAGAAAUGUUUUUUUUUGUUCUGUGAUCUAAAUAAACAGGUGCUUUCUGCAAUCUGUUUAGUAUAAUAGCAUAUCUUUGCCAUGGCA